AUGGCGUGCGCGAGGCUGCACGCGGCGCUGAUGGCCCGCGCUCCCCCAUCGGCACCCUCACGUGCGUGCGCCCGAGAUUUGGGCCAUCGGGCGAGGACGUGGUCGCUCCGGCCCCAUUCGCGUCGUCGUUUCGCGAGCGCCGCCGCCGCCGCCGCGGACCACGACGCCGACGAUGCCGCCGCCGCAGGCGCGAGGACGAUCGUUCUCGAGGCAGCGGACGCACCGAGAUCCCCGCCCGAGGCGUCCGCGCCCCGAGGCGCGGUGGUGUGGUUUCGUCAGGAUCUGAGGCUGGACGACAACCAGGCGUUUCGCGCCGCGGUUCGCGCCGCGAACAGGAGGGGCGGCGAGGUGCUGUGCCUCUUCGUCUGGUCCCCGGACGAGGAGGGGAACGAUGAGGGCGCCUCCUGGGCCCCGGGAGAGGCGUCGAGGGUGUGGCUGCACCAUUCGUUGGACGCCCUGGAUCGGGAUAUACGGCGCAGGUACGGCGGCGGCGGCAUUCGCUUCGCCGCGGGCGAACACGCCUCCGCCGUCGCGGCGGCCGCCGCCGACGUCAACGCCACCGCGGUGUUCGCGAGUGCGAGGUACGAGCCGGCGCACGUGGAGGGCGACGCACGCACGAGACGCGCGCUGGCGGAGGGCGGGAUCGAGCUGAUCACGCUGCCCGGUCACCUACUCUUCGAUCGCGAUAAGAUUCGCAUCGACAUGGAACGGGAGCGGUACUUCUUCGGGACGCUCAUGCCCUUCGUGCACGCCGCGGAAAAGUUCGGGGGCGAGCCCGGUGCCCCAUCCCCCGCGCCGCCCACCGCGCCCAUAGCCCAUGAUGGUUCGGGCGGCGCUGGUGGGGUGUCCACCCUGGCGUCGCUGGGUCUGAUUCCGCCAUCCGACGCGGCUCGCGACUGGUCCGCCGGCUUGAGAGCCGAGUGGGACAUGUCCGAGUCGGGCGCGUCCGAGGCGUGGGCGCAGUUCAAGCGGAUGGGUCUGGCCGGGUACGAGGCCACGCACGGCAGGUGCGAUCUCACCCACAAAUCGUCCACCUCUUUGCUUUCGCCGUACCUUCGGUUCGGUCAGCUCAGCCCGCGUCGGGUGUAUUCGGAGCUGCGCGACGCGCGUUUCGGCACAGCUGUGGACGGCGUCGAGGGGCGCAGGCUCAGCCGCACGUUCUGGCACAGGCUGUACAGGCGCGAGUUCGCGUACUGGCAGCUCGGGGUCUUCCCUCAGCUCGCGGUCACGUCGUGGCGGUCGCAUUACGAGUCGCGGGGGGAUUGGAGGUGGCCGGAACGUGACCCGGCGGCGGCGGAGGAUUUGCGUCGGUGGCAAAAAGGGGAGACGGGUUUCCCCGUGGUCGACGCGGGGAUGCGGCGUUUAAUUCGCACGGGCUGGAUGCACCAGACCGAGCGCAUGCUCGCCGCGACGUUCCUGGUGGACUACCUGCACAUACACUGGUCCCACGGCGCGCGUUGGUUCCACGAUUACCUCGUCGACGCCGACCUCGCCAUCAACUCGAUGAUGUGGCAAAACGCCGGCAAGAGCGGCCUCGACCAGUGGGACGUCUUCGCCGGCGGCUUGGCUCCAGACGGCAGCGCCAGGACCCACGACCCUAACGGCGAGACCAUCGCUCAGUACGUCCCGGAGCUCGCGGGUUUACCCCCCGGUCACCUGCGCCACAGGCCGUGGGAAGCGUCCGCCAAGACGCUGGCGAACGCGGGGGUUACCAUCGGCGACACCUACCCGGCGAGGAUCGUCCCCGACGUCGACGCGGCUCGAGCGCGCAUGCUGACCGGUGUCCUCGAGGUGCGGGCGCGCGAGGUUGCGAAGGCGGCCGCCGCGGCCGCCGAGCAUGCCGGUUCACGUUCCGAUGACCGUUCCGAUGACAGUUACGACGAGACUAGCCGACGAACCGACGUGCUCGUCGACGUGUUCACGGGCGCCGAUUACGUCGUCGCGCCCCCCGGGUCCACCGUCGCCGCCGACGGCGCACUCUUCCCGCUCUCCACGCGCAAAGAGUUCAAGCGGGCGCUGGCAAAGGCGGAGUCGGGGAAACUCGCGGCGGCGAUGGGCGCCGCCAGGGACUGGGCGCUGGCGCGGCUCGACGUGGCCGCCACCGGCGCGGGGGCGCGAGGGGCAGGCGGAGGACGAGGAUGCGAGCCGAGCGCCGACGAGACCGGCUUCGCCAGGGCGGCGGACAUCGGGCGGAAACGCUCGGCAAGGGCCGCCGCCGCCGGGCACUCGCACUCGCACUCGCACUCGCACGGGGGGCACUCCCACAGCCACAGCCACGGGGGGCACUCCCACGCGCCGGGGGAGGCAAUCGGUCACGCGCACGUCGGGCACACGCACGGCGGCGGGGCGGCGGGGCGUCGGUCGGGUUCGAGGUCGCAAGGUCGCAAGACGCCGAGGUCGACCGGGGGCAUCGAGCACAGGAGCAGCAGCUGGGCCAAGGGCGGCGGCAGCGGUCGCAAGGCGGCGAAAGGUCUCACCGCCAAGGAGGUGGAGCGCAAGAAGGUCAAGGCUGGACGGAGGGAGGCGAGGGAGCUCGGGCGCGCGUGGUCCUCGGGGCUUGGCGUCGGCGACGUGGAGGGGUACGGAGACGAGUCCUCGGACUGGGACUGA